ACUCUCUUUAUAUACUCUCCUCUCUCUCUCUCCCAGUCUCACUUCUCAAUUUUCAAAUUUCAAAACACCCUCUCUUUCAGCCUUACUUCCUAGCACACCACCGGUACAUCUCUCUUCGAUGGCGAUACAUCUUUUUCCGACGAUUGUUUGCUGAACCAACCAUAGUACUGCUCAUCACCUCCUCUAGUCAUCGCCACCACUGUUGCUUAAUGCCACCUCACAACGUCACCUCUUCCAGUGAUCACCACCGCUACUGCUCAUCACCACUGUCGCUGUUUAUCAUUAUCGUCGCCAUGGAUGGAUCGACAUCAGUCUACUGCAUAAUAAGCGUGCAAACUCCGAUCUGUUACUCGGGCUUGAUGAGUCGGGCCUCCUUAUUGUAGCCCGUUUUAGCUCGACCCGAGUCCACCCUCAUAUUUGGGGAUUUCCCGCCAAUUUGCGCAGACACACAAAGUUAAAGAGAGAAAGAGAACGGGAGAGAGAAAGCAGGGGAGAGAGAAAGCCGGGAAGAGUGAAUUAGAGAGAGAGAGAGAGAGAGAGAGAGAGAUGAGCGGUGUGAUACGGAAGAAGGUACAGAGGAAGUUCAAGAUGGGGGGUUACACACUCAAAGUGGAAGCCCUAAACGAAGUCCUCUCCUUCUUGACCCACUUCCAAGACGCCCAAGACGAAGCCCUCGAUCUUCUUCUCGAUCAACUCCAGCAUCAAUCCCUGAAAUCAUCAAUACUUGACAAGGAACCAUUGCAUCGCGUAGUGAGCCUUCUCUUGGAAGCGGAUGGUGAAAGCCCUAAUAGCAGCAACAGCAGCAGCAGCAGCUCCUCCCCCGCAGCUCUCCGCAUUAUCGACGCCUUUCUCAUCCCUAAGUUCCGCUACGAUCCUGUCAGAAAAAUCUUCUUUGAGCAUACAGGGAAGAUUCCAAUUCAUGGUGAUGCUUCUGCCAAAGCCACUUUAUAUAGGGAUAGAUUUCUCUUGUUGCUCCAGAGGCUUUCUCGUGAUCAGCAUUUUUCUAAGCCUGCAUUUGAUACUGAAAGAUCUCAGUUCGGCAGUUGUGAGAUAUCUCCAAUUCAGAGUCUCAUUGGGCUAACAGGGAGAAGAUGGGUCAUGGGCGUUAUAUCUCAGUUAGAGGAUGGCCAUUUUUACUUGGAAGACCUCACUGGAGCAGUUGAAAUCAAUUUGUCUAAUGCAAAGAUAACAACAGGGUUUUUCUCCGAAAACACUGUAGUUUUAGCAGAAGGUGAGAUGCUCUUGGAUGGUAUAUUUCAGGUGAAAACAUGUGGAUUUCCUCCUUUAGAAGACAGAGACAAGUCAAUUGCAGCAUUUCCUGGACUAGACUUCUUUGGCGGCGGAACACUUGCAAAAGAAGAAACACUAAGACUUGCAGAAAUGGAAAAAAGGGCAGUGAAUGACAUGUUUGUUAUACUCUCUGAUAUUUGGCUUGACAAUGAGGAGACUAUGGGAAAGCUAGAGACAAUCUUAGAUGGCUAUGAGAAUGUAGAGGUGGUUCCUUCCCUAUUUGUUUUUAUGGGAAAUUUCUGUACCCAUCCAUGUAACCUUUCCUUCAAUUCUUUCUCAAGUCUCAGAUUGCAGUUUGGAAAGUUUGGGCAGAUGAUUGGAGCCCGUCAACGAUUAAAGGAGCACAGUAGAUUUCUGUUAAUUCCUGGUCCUGAUGAUGCAGGUCCUUCGACAGUUCUACCUAGGUGUGCUUUGCCAAAAUAUGUAACUGAAGAAUUUCAGAAGCACAUACCAAAUGCAAUAUUCGCAAGUAAUCCUUGCAGGGUUAAGUUUUGCACCCAAGAAAUCUUAUUUUUCCGUCAGGAUCUGCUGUAUAGAAUGCGUAGAUCGUGUUUGAUGCCACCUUCAACAGAAGAAACCACUGAUCCGUUUGAGCAUCUUGUUGCUACCAUAACGCAUCAAAGCCAUCUUUGUCCCCUCUCUCUAACUGUACAGCCCAUUAUCUGGAAUUAUGAUCAUUGUCUCCAUCUUUAUCCGAUUCCACAUACGAUUGUGUUGGGGGACAAAAGCGAGCAGAAAGCAUUUAAUUACGCAGGAAUUACAUGUUUUAAUCCUGGUUCAUUCUCAAACGACAGCACUUUUGUGGCAUAUCGCCCUUGCACUCGGGAGGUUGAAUUAUCGGCAUUGUGAGCAUUAAUUUAGUUACUAUCUUUGCAAUUUAUUUGGGCCAGCAAUGUAGUCCAGUGCAAGAAGGUACCAAAUAGCACAUGGGUGAUUAUUGUUUGGCUGAAAUGUCAGGACUAAAGCUCUUCUAAUCAAGGUGCAACCGUAGGCUUAUCAGCUCUAUUCAUCUUUAGGGAACUUGUGUAAUGUAUAUUGAUUGUUAUAUUAGGCAGAAUAAAGUAGUUAUUAUUCUGAGAUACUGUUUUUUGGGUUAGUACUGAGAUACUUUUAUAUAUAACUGAUUUUAUCUAUAACCCAACUCUAGAGUGUUUCUCAUUUGCCGAACUGAAACUAAAUCAAUUUGUAUGCACAGAACUAAUUGAAAUUA